CUGCCCUCUGCCAUUCUGAGCCUCGUGAACUCCCCCUACAAGCGUGGAUUUUAUUGCGACGAUAACGCCAUCCGGUACCCCUACAGGGCGGACACCAUAACUCACGGACUGAUGGCCGGCGUGACCAUCACCUGCACCACAGUCAUUGUCUCCGUGGGUGAGGCAUUCCUUGUUUACAAGAAGCGCCUGUACUCGAGGUCUGAGUUCAACAAUUAUGUGGCGGCCCUCUACAAAGUGUUGGGGACUUUCCUUUUUGGCGCGGCUGUUAGCCAAUCGCUGACGGACCUGGCCAAGUAUACGAUUGGGCGCCUGCGGCCAAACUUCCUGGCGGUCUGCAAUCCCGUUUGGUCGAAAAUAAACUGUUCGGAGUUUGUGCAACUGGAAGCCGUGUGCCAGGGAAGCAUCAAGAACGUCACAGAGUCCAGGUUAUCGUUCUAUUCGGGACAUUCCUCAUUCGGGAUGUACUGCAUGAUGUUCCUGGCGCUGUACGUACAGGCCCGUCUUGUGUGGCGAUGGGCCCGGCUGGUGCGCCCGACGGUCCAGUUCUUCCUCCUCUCCUUCGCCAUCUACGUGGGCUACACCCGAGUCUCGGACUACAAACACCACUGGAGUGACGUACUGGUGGGCCUCCUCCAGGGGGCGCUCAUUGCCGUUCUCGUGGUCCUCUACGUGUCCGACUUCUUCAAGCAGCGCUUGCCGCCGCUGCCGCCGCCCUGUGACGAGAAGGAAGCCGCCCGGCGAAAGCCCAGCAUUGGCCUGGUUCCCAGCAAUCCGGAGCACAAUCAUUACAGCGUGGUUUCUCGCUGUGCCACAGUGAAGAUUCCUACCAUGUGA